AUGAUUUCACCAAGGCAACACAAGAUUCAACCUUCUUCUAACGAUACUCCGAUAAAAGACAAUUUUAUUUGGAACAAUUACUUUGGUGAUGCAUUAGUACAAGAUAUGAUGAUAGAAAUUAUGGAAUAUUGUAAUGAUCAUUUGGAAAUAUUGUCAAGUUAUUGUUUAAUUUCCAAGACUUGGUUUUAUGCCAGUUGUUUAUUUCGGAUGAAACUUGAUUUUUCCAUUAAAAAGAUACAUCCAAGGUAUUUUGAAAGUUUCUUCAAUGCUUCGAAUGUUCCUAGAAAUAUUACUCAACUAAGUCUGGCAUUCAAUGCAUUAAGAGAUGAGCAAUUGAUAAUACUUUCCCAAUGUAAGACUUUGACUAAUUUGGAACAUUUAAAUUUGAGGAAUAAUUAUGCAUUGACGAGAGAAGUAUUGAUGUCCUAUUGGAGAGUGAAAUAG